CACUCGAAUCAAUGUUGUGACAUUACAGUCGAAGUGGGCAGAAGGAAAAUGGUGCAAAGCACUGUCAAAUAUAAAGUACUUCCAAGCGACGUACAAGAUGUAAACGAUAGCGACUUUGCAGAAGAGGAGGACGAUGACGAAAUUACUAUACAUUUUCAGUCGCCCUUAAAUCAGCAAAGAGGGAGAAGAAAAAGGGACACUUAUAUCAGGGUCAUGGUGGCCCUGAUUCUUCUAGGAAUAGUUUGUGGAUUUAUGGUGUAUGAGUGGAAUGGGCAUUGGUCUGAAAUUGAGGGACAUCAGGACCAUUACCAAAAGCCCAACAUGACAAAUGGGAACUCUGAGGAAUAUGAGCAUGACCACCACUAUAUCCAAGAAAUUGAUAAUGACGACAGUGACCAUAAUCACAAAGAGGGAGAUGAUCAUCAUAAUCACCACAGUCACACCCAUGAGCACAGUGAACCUCUGUUCCACCAUGCUGCUAUCAUUACAGACUCAGAAAUCUGCUCUAGGAUGGGUAAAGAGCUUCUGGAGGCGAGAGGAAAUGUGGUAGAUGCAGCGAUUGCCGCUUUACUUUGCCUCGGAGUUGUCCACCCACACACUGCAGGAUUGGGUGGAGCGUUUUCAGCUAUUUUGUACAACCACACUCUGAAAUCAUUUAAAGCAAUACAUGAUACUUCUCAAAAAUUGCCUGCUUAUGCAGCUCCCUCGCUGUUGCAGGGCCUUAGAUUAUUACAUUCUAACUACGGACAUUUAGAAUGGAGUGCACUUUUCGAAGGCGCUGCAAAACUUGCAAAAAAUUUCAGUGUCGAUGGAAUCCUCUCCAGGGCUUUGGAAACCCACAAAGACAAAAUACUCCAUUCAAAAUUGUGCGAUGUGUUUUGCCAUGCGGAUGGCCGUGUGAAAUCAGAGGGUGCAGAUGUCACCAAUGGGAAGCUAUCGGAACUUUUGCUGAGCGUCGGGCAAAAUGUCUCCCAUUUCUCGGAAAUGCUGGCCGUAAAAUUGGCUCAAGACAUUUCUGAAGCCGAGAGACCCGCUUUUCUUGCUGCUGCUCGGGCCGGGACUGGAGAAAUCAAUGAGCCCCUUAUUGUGAAACAGGAGAAAUACACCAUUCUGUCAGCCGCCUCCCAGCUCACAGGCGGAAUGGUAUCCAGGAUAUUAGAUACAGUCAGGGAGCGAAACCUCUCUUUUCAGAACGAUGGAGAACUUAAUGACACUGCCUCCUACAACGCUCUCUUAAAUUUGGCAAAUGAAUUCUUCAACGCAAGUCAGAAUCAUUCUAACCUGAGAGAGCUAUUGGCAUUAAACACGUCAUGCAGUCACAUAGGGGUCCUUGAUAGUCACAAUAAUUUUAUAGUCAUCUCUACCUCGCUCAACAGCACUUGGGGAUCUGGGCAAUACUUACCACAAAGUGGAGUAAUUCUCAGUGAUUUUACCGCAGACAUCACUCAGCUGCCUUAUUUUAGUUUUCCUCUAGUGGUGAAGAUAGAUGAGGAAGAUGAUGCAGAUGAUCAUCACAGUGAUGUUGGGCAUGAAGAAGAGGAACAUGAGAUGCAGUUGGUUGCUGUGACUGGAGGUCUUUCUGCUCUGUUUCAGUCUGUGGUUAUGAUAAGGAACCUGCUUGACUUUGACUUGUCUGCUCGGGAAACUGUGAAGAGCCCUCUUCUCUAUAUAGAGCAGAGAGAGCCCAACUUUCUGUCUGGCUGCAUGUCUGUUGUCACAAAUAGCUUUGUGCUUUCAGAGGGAAAUGGACAGCUACAGGAGGUGGGCGAAUGUUCAGGACACUUUUUGUCUAUGCUGCUGCAGCUGAAAGCAGGACAUGUAGGAGUCUAUGGAGCACCUACCACUGAGGUCCAUGCUGAUGGCAUAGACUGAGGGAAAAACACCUCCGCACUGGGUAUUAAACACAUUCGUAUUGCCAAUGGUGAAACAUGAUCUAAUAUCCAAUUACCGGUUUAUUUCUUCACAUACUAUAAUAUAAUGAAAUGGCACUUAAAAACCCUGCUCGCAGCAUUGAGGAUAACGUCCGAAUGUGUAUUCAUUGUUCUGCCGUUUCAAACUUCAAACUCUCUCUCCAUGAGUGAAGACUGAAGAACUUUACCUUGAGUUUACAACUAUACUCUUAAAAAUAAAGGUGCAGUUACAGGUUCUUCACAGUGAUGCCAUAUGUGACCCUGGACCACAAAACCAGUCUAAAGAGGCACGUGAACAUUUGUAACAUUAGUAAUCACCAAAUAUACAUUGAAUGGGUCAAAAUGAUCUUUUAUCGAUUUUUCUUAAGUAAAGAUCACGUUCCAUGAAGAUAUUUUGUAAAUUUCCUAGCUAAACUUUAUUUUUGUGAGGAUGCAGCAAAAUUGCUAACAAAAAUGGCAGGGAACAUGCCUACAAACUGCCAGCUCUUUGGGAAUUACCCACUCAAGUUUGAUAUCUAUGUAAAGCUUAGAAUUUCUGCUUUUGGGUUCAUCUACUCUCCACAACGUCAUUACAGCGGUAAGCCAAUAGAGAGUGUUAAAACAAACCUGUUUCUUCUUAGCAACAGCCUGCUAGCGUCUCUGAUUAACAACUUCAAAGGCAAUUUUCUCAGUAUUAUGAUUUUUUUUACCCUCAGAUUCCAGAGUUUUAAAUGGUCCUAAUAAACCAUACAUCAAUACAAAGCUUAUUUAUUCAGCUGUCAGAUGAUGUAAAAAUCUCAAUUUUGAAGACUGGUUUUGUUGUCCAGGGUCACAUAUACGAACCAUUUUGGUUCAGUCAAAUGUUUACAGAACUAGUUUUUAACUAACUUUUUAUGAUCCAAUGAACCAUUUUGCACUACAAUGCACCUUUUGUGAAACAGAAAGGUUCUUUGAAUGUUAAAGGGUGGAACCCUACAGUCAAAAAUGGUUGUUCUAUGGCAUUGUGUAGCACCUUUAGUUUUGAGUGUACCAAAAAUGUGAAUGUAUUUUUCAGUUGUUUAAUGUCUACUGUUACCUUUUAAGAUUUCGUGACCUUUAAAAAAAUAACACAUUUUCUUUAAAUGCCCUUUUCUUUAUUUUUUUAUUAUUUACAGUGACAACUUUUUAAUUGAUAUUUUUCUGUUUGAUCCUGUAAAUUAUAGACUAUAAGGCAAAUCGAUAAAAUGAGCAAAGGACUGCCACUUUGUUCCUCAUGUCUCACAAUCUGAAUCCACUGUGAAAUAAUCCAGCAACCACCCAUUCUUUUUUUAGAAUCUGUCAUAGUUGUUUAAAGCUGCAUGUGUAAAUGUUUGAAUGUUCAAAUACGUCUGUCCCUGUUUAAAAUGCAGAGAUGGCAUAAGCAUUUUUAGCUUUGUUCCUCGGGAAAGAAUAAACACUGCGGUGUUAUCAAAACAUGGUUUUGUUUAAACAAAACAUUGUUUUGUUUUUGCUGUUUGUUUAAGCAGUCUGAUACAGCAAUAUUGUCUAAACCAGCUGCAUCAGUUUGAGGCAGUACAAUCUUACAAAGGUUUUUGGGAAACCUAUUUUAAAUAAUCAUUAUCUUUUGCAUUGUCUUUAAUUAAAAUUGAAUUCUCUUUCAUUUAGGUGACAAUAAUGGUGUAGAAAUAAUUAUUUUCAAGUUUCCCAGUCAUUAAUACAAAAAUACUGUAACACUUUAACGCAAGAUGAUGAAUGCAUAAAAUAGUUUUUUUUUUUUGGAAGAUUUCACUAUGUACAGACUAUUGAAUGCACUGAAUUUACAAAGCAAAUGUAUUAAAAUAAAAAAAUGACAAAACAAAAUAUUUUAUGUAUGUAAAUCAACUAUGGGUAGAAUUGAUUGUAUUAAAAUAUAUUAUGGAACGUUUCCUGUU